AUGGGUACCCCCCGGUAUAGGCCACAUCCGACCAGUUUGGCCAUGAGAGGAAAUACACUGUGGGCCACCAUGGCGCCGGCCCUGGGGCGUAUCGAGGGCGUGGAUGGCGCUUGCUUGGAGAAUGAGAAUGAGAAUGAGAAAGAGAGGGAGGGAGGGAAAAGGUUGUGUCUGAAAAAGAAACUGUAUAGUGCAGGCCAGUCGAGUGCACAUGUCCAUGUGGAUGGAAUGGACAUUGCUGCAACACAUCUAGCAGCCCACCAGCCGAUGCUUUUGGCGGGCUGGUUUGAUGAGGGCCCCCUGUCAAUGAUGUGCAUCUGCGGUGCCUCCUUUCCCACGCCCAUGGCCCUUUACCGAAAUUGCCAGCGAGACCAACCUCCGCCGCGCCUUCUCUCUCCCACCCACGCCGCCCAGCAACAGAGCAGUCAGCAGCCGCAGCCGCAGCCGCCGCAGCAGCAGCAGCAGCAGCACGUCAAUCGCCGUCGCGCUGUCGACCGCGAACGAGUGAGUUGUGCACCGAAAAAGGCCGCGAGUCGAGCGUCGAGAGAGUCGAGAGUCGAGAGGGAACGCGCCCACGGCAGAGUCAGAGCCACAGGUCCGCGCCAGAGCCACGGCCAAAAGCCCAAGACGUCAAAAGGCUCAAGUCAACGUCAACCGCCAGCCCACGCCCCGUCAGCCAUUAGCGACGCUGCACCACACCAGCCCACUCCCUCGCAGCCCGCGCCCGCGCCCGCACCCACAACCUGCCCUGCCCUGCACGUCUGCACGCGCAUGUGA